AACGAUUUGAAUCAUCAUGGCGUUAAGUGUAAUGUUGAAAAAUACUCUCCGUCAACCAUUCUUAUCAAGGAAAACACUGACAAGUUUUCACCGGUUCUUAUUAGAGGAAAGGAAAAUUGACGUUAGUGGACAUGAGGCGGUCGAUGGAACGAUGUCAGAUGUAAGAAAGAAUCUCAUGAAACUGAUGGGGAUACAAAUUGGCUAUUCACCAUUGCAAGCAUCCCGUGAACACUUGCUGAAACUUAUACCAGCGUCGCAGGAUGAACUACCACCACGAUCAAUGCAAGACAGUUUUUCAGCAGCUAUUUUACCACUGAGUUCUGAUUUGGCAUUGCAAGAAAAGUAUGUUACAUUUUUGGGGAACGUUCGAUUAGGGAGGCUCAUGGAAGAUAUGGACCUGUUUGCAGUUUGGAUUGCCAGCAAGCACUUGCUAAAUCCAAAGAUGAAAGAAGGGGAUAUUCUACCUCAUGUAUUGGUCACUGCUCUAGUAGACAAAGUUGACUUUACAGACUAUAUUCCCAAGGCAGGUGGUGACAUUCGACUUUCUGGUCACGUUUCAUGGGUGGGAAAUUCAACCAUGGAAGUUGUAGUCUGGCUGGAGCAAAAGGAUCAAAAUACUUGGCACAAAUUAACUCGAGCUUUAUUUUUAAUGGCUGCGAGAAAUUCUUUAAAUACGCGCUCAGCGUUUGUCAACAAAUUAGUCCCCGCGUCCGAGCAUGAAAUGCAAAUACUCCAAGGCGGUGAAGCUAGGAAAAGACGAAGACAAGAGGUUCAAACGCAGUCAUUGAUAAAAAUGGUCCCUACAGUUGAAGAACAACAAAUUAUUCACGAUGUUUUCAUCAAAACGAUAGAUGUAAAACACUACCUGAGCAGUAGACGAACUUUACCUCCAGGCUCAGUUUGGAUGGAAUCUACGGAAAUAAGCAAUUUGAUUUACAGUCACCCAGAAGAUAGAAAUUAUCACAACAAGGUAUUUGGAGGCUUCUUAAUGCGACAUGCUCUCGAACUUAGUUGGUCAUCGGCAUUUUUAUUCGGUAAACAAAGGCCACGACUGAUGCACAUCAGUGACAUUGUCUUUCAUCAGCCUGUCGACGUCAGUUCUAUCAUCAAAAUGUUUUCCAACGUAGUAUACACUGAACACAACGUGAUGCAGAUAGCUGUAUAUGCGGAGGUUUAUUCGCCUGAAAACGACGAAGUUGUUACUACAAACGAGUUUCAUUACACGUAUCAGAUCAAUGAUAAGUGUAAAGUUGUCUUUCCGAGAACUUACCACGAGGCAAUGCAAUAUUUGAAUGGCCGACGAAACUUCCAACGUGUCAUGGGACUAUUACGGGACAAAUAGGAGUAAAAUACAUCGCAUUGAUCGCGAAAUUUUAAUUUUAACCAUUAAUUUAAUUUUGGCUUGAAGAGAACGUAUUGAUGUGUAACAGCGUAACUCCUUGACUGUUUUUAAGAUUGUAAUCAGUGUUCAAAGUG